GGCGGUGAUUUGGGUGACAACGGUCAAUAAUGAAGGUGGCUGCGGCGAGGCGCCCGGCUCAGCAGCACCGAGUGGGGGUGGCGCCGGGGCCGCGCCUGUGAGACCUUGGGGCCGGCGCGGGGAGAUGGGGGGCCGGCGUGGGGAGUGAGGUGGCGACGGCAGGAGCGGCGAGCGCAACUUUAGCCAGAGGGGCUCUCACACUUCCUCCUCCGGCUCCUGGGCCUCCACCUGCAGCCCCGCAGCCCCCGCGCCCCGCGGGACCGGGACGGCGACGGCAGGGGCAUGUGGCGCUGGGUCCGGCAGCAGCUGGGUUUUGACCCACCACAUCAAAGUGACACAAGAACUAUUUAUAUAGCCAACAGGUUUCCUCUGAAUGGCCUUUACACACCUCAGAAAUUUAUAGAUAACCGGAUCAUUUCAUCUAAGUACACUGUGUGGAAUUUUGUUCCAAAGAAUUUAUUUGAACAAUUCAGAAGAGUGGCAAAUUUUUAUUUUCUUAUUAUAUUUUUGGUUCAGCUUAUGAUUGAUACACCUACCAGUCCAAUUACCAGUGGACUUCCAUUAUUCUUUGUGAUAACAGUAACUGCCAUAAAACAGGGGUAUGAAGAUUGGUUACGACAUAACUCAGAUAAUGAAGUAAAUGGAGCUCCUGUUUAUGUUGUUCGAAGUGGUGGCCUUGUAAAAACGAGAUCAAAAAACAUCCGGGUGGGUGAUAUUGUUCGAAUAGCCAAAGAUGAAAUCUUCCCUGCAGAUUUGGUGCUUCUGUCCUCAGAUCGACCCGAUGGUUCUUGUCACAUUACAACUGCUAGUUUGGAUGGAGAAACUAACCUAAAGACUCAUGUGGCAGUUCCAGAAACAACAGUAUUACGAACAGUUGCUAAUUUGGACACUCUUGUAGCUGUGAUAGAAUGUCAGCAACCAGAAGCAGACUUGUAUAGAUUCAUGGGACGAAUGAUAAUAACUCAACAAAUGGAAGAAAUUGUAAGACCUCUGGGGCCAGAGAGUCUCUUGCUUCGUGGAGCCAGAUUAAAAAACACAAAAGAAAUUUUUGGUGUUGCUGUAUAUACUGGAAUGGAAACAAAGAUGGCGUUAAAUUACAAGAGCAAGUCACAAAAGCGAUCCACAGUAGAAAAGUCAAUGAAUACAUUUUUGAUAAUUUAUCUAAUAAUCCUUAUUUCUGAAGCCAUCAUCAGUACUAUCUUGAAAUACACAUGGCAAACUGAAGAAAAAUGGGAUGAACCUUGGUAUAACCAAAAAACAGAACAUCAGAGAAAUAGUAGUAAGAUUCUGAGAUUUAUUUCAGACUUCCUUGCUUUUUUGGUACUCUACAAUUUCAUCAUUCCAAUUUCAUUAUAUGUGACAGUCGAAAUGCAGAAAUUUCUUGGAUCAUUUUUUAUUGGUUGGGAUCUUGAUCUCUAUCAUGAAGAAUCAGGUCAGAAAGCUCAAGUCAAUACUUCUGAUCUGAAUGAAGAGCUUGGACAGGUGGAGUAUGUGUUUACAGAUAAAACUGGCACACUGACAGAAAACGAGAUGCAGUUUCGGGAAUGUUCAAUUAAUGGCAUAAAAUACCAAGAAAUCAAUGGUAGACUUGUAUCCGAAGGACCAACACCAGACUCUUCAGAUGGAAACUUAAGUUAUCUUAGUAGUUUUUCCCAUCUUAACAACUUACCCCAUCUUACAUCCAGUUCUUCUUUUGGAACAAGCCCUGAAAAUGAAACUCAACUAAUUAAAGAACACGAUCUCUUCUUUAAAGCAGUCAGUCUCUGUCACACUGUACAGAUUAGUAAUGUUCAGACUGAUGGCAUUGGUGAUGGUCCCUGGCAAGCCAGCCUUGCACCCUCCCAGUUGGAGUACUAUGCAUCUUCACCAGAUGAAAAGGCUUUAGUGGAAGCUGCUGCAAGGAUUGGCGUUGUAUUUAUUGGCAGUUAUGAAGAAACUAUGGAAGUUAAAAUACUUGGAAAACUGGAACAGUACAAACUGCUUCAUAUUCUGGAAUUUGAUUCAGAUCGUAGGAGAAUGAGUGUCAUUGUUCAGGCACCUUCAGGUGAGAAGUUUUUAUUUGCUAAAGGAGCUGAGUCAUCAAUUCUCCCUACAUGUAUAGGCGGUGAAAUAGAAAAAACAAGAAUUCAUGUAGAUGAAUUUGCUUUGAAAGGGCUAAGAACUCUGUGCAUGGCCUAUAGACAGUUGACAUCUAAAGAGUAUGAGGUAAUAAAUAGACGCCUAUUUGAAGCCAGGACUGCCUUGCAGCAACGGGAAGAGAAAUUGGCAAAUGCCUUCCAAUUCAUAGAGAAAGACCUGAUAUUACUUGGAGCUACAGCAGUAGAAGACAGACUGCAAGAUAAAGUUCGAGAAACUAUCGAAGCAUUGAGAAUGGCUGGUAUCAAAGUAUGGGUACUUACUGGAGAUAAACAUGAAACUGCUGUUAGUGUGAGUUUAUCAUGUGGACAUUUUCAUAGAACCAUGAAUAUCCUUGAACUUAUAAACCAGAAAUCAGACAACGAAUGUGCUGAACAAUUGAGGCAGCUUGCCAGAAGAAUUACAGAGGAUCAUGUGAUUCAGCAUGGGCUGGUGGUGGAUGGGACCAGUCUAUCUCUUGCACUCAGGGAGCAUGAAAAACUAUUUAUGGAUGUUUGCAGAAAUUGCUCAGCUGUAUUAUGCUGUCGUAUGGCACCACUGCAGAAAGCUAAGGUAAUAAGACUGAUAAAAAUCUCACCUGAGAAACCUAUAACGUUGGCUGUUGGUGAUGGUGCUAAUGAUGUAAGCAUGAUACAAGAAGCACAUGUUGGCAUAGGAAUCAUGGGUAAAGAAGGAAGACAAGCUGCAAGAAACAGUGACUAUGCAAUAGCAAGAUUUAAAUUUCUCUCCAAGUUGCUCUUUGUUCAUGGUCACUUUUAUUACAUUAGAAUAGCUACCCUUGUACAGUAUUUUUUUUAUAAGAAUGUGUGCUUUAUCACACCCCAAUUUUUAUAUCAGUUCUACUGUUUGUUUUCUCAACAAACAUUGUAUGACAGCGUGUACCUGACUUUAUACAAUAUUUGUUUUACUUCCCUACCUAUUCUGAUAUAUAGUCUACUGGAACAGCAUAUAAACCCUCAUGUAUUACAGAACAAGCCCACCCUCUAUCGAGACAUUAGUAAAAACCGUCAACUAAGCAUGACAAAUUUUCUUUACUGGACCAUCCUGGGUUUUAGUCAUGCCUUCAUUUUCUUUUUUGGAUCCUAUUUUCUAAUGGGGAAAGAUACAUCUCUGCUUGGAAAUGGCCAGAUGUUUGGUAACUGGACAUUUGGCUCCUUGGUCUUCACAGUAAUGCUUAUUACAGUCACAGUAAAGAUGGCUUUGGAAACUCAUUUUUGGACCUGGAUCAACCAUUUUGUUACUUGGGGAUCCAUUAUAUUCUAUUUUGUAUUUUCUUUGUUUUAUGGAGGGAUUCUCUGGCCAUUUUCAGACUCCCAGAAUAUGUACUUUGUAUUUUUUCAGCUCCUAUCAAGUGGUUCUGUUUGGUUUGCUAUAAUUCUCAUGGUGGUUAUGUGUCUGUUUCUUGAUAUUGUGAAGAAAGUAUUUGACAGACAUUUCCAUCCUACAAAUACUGAAAAGGCACAGAUGUACUCCAACACAGUUGCUUUAAGUGACGAGUUCAUCGCACUGCAGCCAUUGUCAAGGGCAAGGAAUCAGCUGAGCAAACUUAGCUUACUGAAACAAAUUCAAGUAUCAAGUGCUUGGACUCCAUGUGCUGUUUCUCAGAAGGAGAAACAGCGUGCGCAUCUGUUGGAAGAAUGCUGGAACGAGUGAUAGGAAGAUGUAGUCCGACCCAUGUCAGCAGAUUAUGGAGUGCAUCGGAUCCUUUCUAUACCAACGACAGGAGCAUCUUGACUCUCUCCACAAUGGACUCAUCUACUUGUUAAAAGAGCAGUAGUACUUUGUGGGAGCCAUUCAACUCCUUUCCUAAAAUUCAGUGUGAUCAUCCUGGUAAUGGCCAUACUAGUUCUGCAGAAUUACUUUCUGAAAUCUCUGUAGUUCAUACCCACUCAGAGUUAUAAUGGCAAACAAAAAAGGAUUUACAUGAACCACUCUCAACCCCUUUAAUUUAAAUCUGAACGUGUUAAAGUUUGUGAAUAGAUAUUUUCCAUCUCUUUGUCUGGGUUGUCCCUUGUGUUUGUGGGACUCCUAAUGGCAUUUCAGCCUCUUGCUGAGGCCACCAUAUUUUAAUAUCAAGGUUAAAAAGAUAAUUCCUAGUUAAUUGUAUUUUUGAGUAUUAGCUUACUUGGUGAGUCUUCUAUUUAAAUCUGCUUUUGCAAAUUAUGCUGAAAAGUUUGCCUUGAAAACUCUAUUUUUUUAUUAGAGUUAUAUUUGAAGCUUUUCAUGGGAAAAGUAAAUGUGAAUAGUAAGAAAUUUUGGUCCCUUAGUGACCCAUGUUGUGAAUUCAUUACUGCUUUCUAAGUUCAUAGAGAAAAUUAGGAGAAUGCAUUUCUAACCAUUAUUUACUGCACUAUGGGUAGUAAAUAUAUACCAAUACCAAGCUUCUCUUAAUGUACUGUAACACACCGUAAAGUUAACCAGACACAUGCAAAGUGUGUAUCAUAUCUUAGACAUAAAUCAGGAAUCAAGUCCAUUCACCAAAUUUCAAAUUGAUGUUUAAUGAUAUUUUUAUGACAAUAUAAAGUGGGUAAAUUAGCUAUCAUUAGCAUAUUAUUAUUUGAUGUGUUUUUCAUUUAAUCUUUUGCAUGCUUUAAUCUAGUUAAUAUAUUUAAAUUUGUUUUUUUCUCUAUCUGAAAAUUGUUUAUAAUAUUUCAUGUCACUGUUGUAAAGUUCAACUAUAUCAAUAAAAAACAAGUUUGGACAGUAUUUAAAUAUUGCAAACACGUUUAAUUGUGCAAAUCAAAAUGUUGGAGUAAUUAAAUAAAAAAUAAAGAGCCUCUUUCUGUGGCUUAGAAUUACUCUUGCCUUUCAGUAAGUUAGAUUAUGGUAUAAAGGAUCUCAGACAAGAAUCCUAUUAUUUUUAGGUUAGUAUGUGUCAUCUGAGUUGUGGCACACUACUAUAGUAAAGGGAAAUCUGUCCAGUGUUUCAUUACAAGGUAUAUUUUCAGGUAUGGCUAUAGAAUGUAAGUGAAACAAAGUCUAAAAUGCUAAAUUUUAUGGGUUAAUGGCAGCAAUAAAUUAAAAUACUAAGAAAGAUUGAUUAGAUAUACAUUGGGUUUUAACUCACUGCACUUGAAUAUUUAAUUUCCAUCCAGAAUUUAUCAUGUAGAUCCAUUGUUUGUUACUUGUUUUGAUCUAAAGUAAUAUUGUUUUAAAAAACAUUUGGAAAUUAUUAUUGGUUUAAGAACUCUUACCCAGCCCUAAGCAUAUUUAAUGAUUGUGUACGUAUACAUUUUAAACUUUAUGGAAAUGGUUAAAUAAGGUUUUGCUAAAGUGUUCCAUACAGUUGGCAAUAUAAUUCUCUUUUGUAGAUUUAUUUUGCAGCCUUCCACUCCUUUCCCAUUUCAUGAAUAUACGACUUCUUGAAUUGGGCUAAUAGGGACUAGUCAAGAAUUAAAACUUUACCUUUGUUCACUGGUAAACUAUUUUCUUGCUAAUAUAACGUUUGUUUCAAUAAUGCAAGAAUAUUGUGUUAUGAAUUUCAGCUUAAAUAUUAAUUUUCAUAAAUAGUCCUUCUUUAACUUAGAUAUUCCAAAAUCGCUUUAGGAAGAUUUUGUUAUUCUGAAAAUAUGUUAAAGGGAUAAUAAAAUGUACAGUGGCUACACUUACCAAUUCACUUUCCAGAAUAGGAAAUAUUGCUAAGAAUAUUCAGUAGGGUAAUUUCAUGGAGCAUAUUAUGGAAUUUGCUUUUCUUAGAAUUUCUUAAAACAAAAUGACAUUCAGUGGCCUGCAUUACAUCUACCUAGUUGUGUUUAUUUGCCAUCAACAAGACUGACUACUGACACUAGAGAAGGACUACGAAGCCAUCAAGCAGUCUCUAACCACUGCAGCAAGGCAAGUCAGCUAACCUGUAUGGUGCUUGGGUUAAGGCGUGGUCGAUGUAAUUUCCUGCAUUACUAUUUGAAGUUAUUUAAGAACUUUAUAUUUCAAAAAAAGUAAAUGCAUCUACUGAUAAUGCUCAUCCUACUCAGUUGUUCAUAACCUACUCCACUUAAAGGAAGAUUAUCUUAUAAUUGUAAGAAAAAGUGUUUUCUUCUAUUUGUUUAAGAGAGUAUCAGUGUUGCCUGUAAGUUUCCAAUAGUUUUCUAUUGCUAAUACUCAAAUUGUAAAACUAUUACUACAUAACCAGGAAUCUCAGAAAAUUUCCCCUUUGCAUAUUUAUUUAAAAUUCUUUGGAAAGUACGAUGUUAAUUAACUUACUCUUAUCUGCCAAAACCAGAGUAAGCCGCUACAUGUGUUAUUACUAGUUCAUUAUUGGUCUCAAAUCUAUUUUCCUCACUUGUUUGCCUGAAGGAUGUAUCACUGAAGAUAGUAGCAAGCACCAGGUCAGUUUCUGAAAUGGCCCGUCAGCUGUUUUAUGACUCAGCAAGCACCCUGCCACAGCUUUAGCAACCAUUAGGUUCACCCUAUGGGUGUAGGGUGUGGGCUAGUAGAACAACAGGUUUGCUGCCAGGUUGAGAAUAAAGAAAGAGGAGAAUUUACAGUGUGAAUUCCUCUUAAAAACCAUCUGCCUUGGGUUUUAAUUUCCAUUAUAUCCAAAGGCGUCCUAGACCUGACCCACUGGCACUGUCCUGGUGAGAAGAUAAAAGAGUCACAUCACCCUGUUAAGAAAUACUUUUACUUACACCAGGGUAUUUUCUCCUGCAUAAAAUUGUGAAAUUGGGCUAUUGGUCUUGUGUGAUAAACUUGAGAGACUCUUAUCUGAUAGGCAGGAGUCAGUGUAGUAAAAAAUUUAAAUUUUACAAAGUUUUUCAAGUAUGCUAGCCUAAAAAGUUAUUGGGGUCUGAGGGAAAAGGGAGAAUCAUUCAUGUUUGUAUUUUUUAUGUAAAGAUCAAUUUGGUGUAGGUAUUGAUAAAAGUAACACCAAAGAGUUAUAUAAAACAUGUUUUAUUAAUUUUGGGUCCCCUUUUAGAGACACAUUUCUAUCCUGAAAUGAGUUAAUCUAUUUUCAUAAAAAUAGAACAUUGUUAAUGUGCUGUUUAUGUGAGAUAACUUGAAUGAUAUUCCUAUAAAAAUAGAGCAUAAUUAUAUGUUUGUAGUAAUGGUGACUGCUGGAUUUUUGUGAGGAAUUAGUACCUGUAAAUACUGUAGAAACACUUAGGUUAAAAUUGUGGACCUCACACACUGUGGCUGUCUAAUAUAAGCCUAUAAAAAUUUUCUGCAUUUUUAGUAAAUGUAGUUACUAUUGUACAGAUCUCAGUAAUUUUUAAAGUUUAUGAAAUUAUAUUUAUCUAAUAAAAUUUUUCCUAUAUAA